AUGACCACCGAGGGCGGGCCGCCGCCACCCCCGCCGCGCCCGCCGCCGGCCCCGCUCCGCCGCGCGUGCAGCCCGACCCCCGGCGCGCUGCAGGCCGCCUUGAUGAGCGCGCCGGCCGCCGCCGCCCUGGAGACCGCCGCCACCUCCUCGUCCUCGUCCUCGUCGUCGUCGUCCUCCUCCUCCUCCAACUCGGCCGGCGCCUCCUCGGCCGCCUGCAAGAGCUCGAGCGGCGGCGGCGGCGGCGGCGCGGGCGCGGCCAGCGGGGGCCCCAAGAAGGCGAGCUCGGGGCUGCGGCGGCCGGAGAAGCCGCCCUACUCGUACAUCGCGCUCAUCGUCAUGGCCAUCCAGAGCUCGCCCAGCAAGCGCCUGACGCUCAGCGAGAUCUACCAGUUCCUGCAGGCGCGCUUCCCCUUCUUCCGCGGAGCCUACCAGGGCUGGAAGAACUCGGUGCGCCACAACCUCUCGCUCAACGAGUGCUUCAUCAAGCUGCCCAAGGGCCUCGGGCGGCCCGGCAAGGGCCACUACUGGACCAUCGACCCGGCCAGCGAGUUCAUGUUCGAGGAGGGCUCGUUCCGCCGCCGGCCGCGCGGCUUCAGGCGGAAGUGCCAGGCGCUCAAGCCCAUGUACCACCGAGUGGUCAGCGGCCUGGGCUUCGGGGCCUCGCUGCUGCCCCAGGGCUUCGACUUCCAGGCGCCCCCGUCGGCGCCGCUCGGCUGCCACGGCCAGGGCGGCUACGGCGGCCUCGACAUGAUGGCCACGGGCUACGACGCCGGCGCGGGCGCCCCCGGCCACGCGCACCCGCACCACCACCACCACCACCACGUCCCGCACAUGUCGCCCAACCCGGGUUCCACCUACAUGGCCAGCUGCCCCGUGCCCGCGGGUCCCGGGGCCGUGGGCGCGGCCGGGGGCGGCGGCGGCGGCGGAGGAGACUACGGGCCGGACAGCAGCAGCAGCCCCGUGCCCUCGUCCCCGGCCAUGGCGAGCGCCAUCGAGUGCCACUCGCCCUACACGAGCCCCGCGGCGCACUGGAGCUCGCCCGGCGCCUCGCCUUACCUCAAGCAGCCGCCCGCCCUGACGCCCAGCGGCAACCCCGCGGGCGCCGCGGGCCUGCACGCCAGUAUGUCGUCCUACUCGCUGGAGCAGAGCUACCUGCACCAGAACGCGCGCGAGGACCUGUCAGUGGGACUGCCUCGCUACCAGCCUCACUCAGCUCCGGUGUGCGACAGAAAAGAUUUCGUCCUCAAUUUCAAUGGCAUUUCUUCCUUCCACCCCUCGGCCAGCGGGUCGUACUAUCACCACCACCACCAGAGCGUGUGCCAGGACAUCAAGCCCUGCGUCAUGUGAACAACGGAGGGGGGGGGCGUGUGGCGGCCCCCACCCCAGCCCUCUCUCCUCUCUCCUCCUCAGCGAGGGGCGGACAGAACGGCCUGGACUCGCCCUUGCAGUAAGUAGCCCGCAGCCGCAGCCGGAGUGCCCAGGAGAGCCUCGGCCGCUGACACUCGCCUUACUCUUGCAAGGGGUCCAGGCUUGGCCAGGUGACACAGCAGGCUCCCAGAUGAGAGAGCAGGGGACUUAGGAGCUGUGUCACGUGGAAACGUCGCACGCUGGGGCCAGGAGACAAGGUGUGCGUGUGCGUGUGUUUCUCUUUGUCUAUGGAAACUUGUGUGCUUUUCAAAAAGGCCGUGCUAAGCACAGGAGUUGGAGAAAAAACCUCAUGUUGCUGGCCAGCUGAGCCGGAGAGCUCGGUGUCGCCCAAACACUACGUUAGGAGACAGGUGCCAAAGACAGCGAUCGGGAGCUCGCUCGGCAGCCACGCGUGGAGCUGGAGAAGAGGUUUCGGUCUUGCGACAAGAUGACGUUUUUACAAGGCUGUUUUUACACCCUGUUUUAGAGAUAUUUUUAUGAUCUUCGUCUAUACUCUCACUUCGCUUGUAUUUUCAAAGGAGGAUAUAUUUACACGUAUGUAUACUUUUACAG